CAGCGCCGCACACUGACGAAAUUUCCCUGGCCCCGCCGCCUGCUUGUUUCUGCGAAAUCAACAAGAGACGAGGGCAAGGCGGCUGGUAUCUGUAUCUGCAAGCUGAGGGAUAACGGCGCUGGUCAGGCUCUCCAGGGGGGGAGGAGAAGGGAGGGACGCAACUGGUAUUUUUUUUUCUUUCUUUCUUUUUUUUUAAUGAUUAGUGUCCGCCUCCACGUCUAAGCACAAAACCAACAGGAGACGACAUUUAGUCGGUGUUCAAAAUCAAGCGGAUAUUAUUGGGAUGGAUGGACCGAGAGAGCAGUUUUCCCCGUGAGACUGGCGCUAAUUUGGACGUCCUGAGCAGCAGGUGUAUUGAAGGAUAAAGCGGACUAAAGGCAAUCUCAGUGUUAAUGAAACUUUGCUACGAUUUACGAGCUGGGGUUGCCGUCCGCCAUGUUAAGGUAAAGCCCAGGUGUGCGGUGUUGACCAUGCUAAAGCGCCUGGACAAGAUCCGCUUCCGAGGCCCCAGGACGAGAGACGACUUCCCAGAUCUUGGCGAGUCGCCACCUGCCUCUGACAACGAAUGUAGCGAUGACAUGCAACUGAAACCCAGAACAGCUCUUCGAGACAUGGAGGACGUCCUGCGAGACCCUGCUGGUUCGGGGUCUCCCACCAUGGCAGCUGCUAUCCAGGACUUCCAGAGGUCAGAGUCCGAACGGCUCAGUGAAGUGAAAGGUCACUUGGAAAUUGCCUUAUUGGAGAAACAUUUCCUACAGGAGGAGCUGAGGAAGCUGCGGGAAGAAACCAAUGUGGACUCCCUGCGACAGGAGCUGGAGAGAGAACGGAGCAAAAGGCUAGACCUGGAGCAGAAGAUGAAUGAGGUGCUCAAAACCAGAUUGGAGGACUCGCCGCCACAGCCUCCCCGAAAACAGCAGUCCCCCUCCAACAAUGGAACAGCAGAAAAACAGCAGAAGGAGGUGUGGAGCUCACGGCUGCAGAAGUGGCUGUACGAGCGCUUCGGGGUUUACAUCGAAGACUUUCGCUUCCAGCCGGAGGAAAGCACUGUAGAGGCUGAGGAACCGCUAAGUGCUAAAAGGCUGACAGAAAACAUGAGGCGACUCAAACGAGGAGUCAGGCCUGUCACCAACUUCUUAAGGAACCUCUCCGCCUUAUCUAAUUGGCACUCCGUCUACACCUCAGCUAUUGCCUUCAUUAUUUACAUGAAUGCUGCUUGGCAUGGCUGGGCCAUUCCCAUGUUCCUCUUCCUGGCUAUCCUGCGCUUGUCCUUAAAUUACCUCAUCGCGAGAGGUUGGAGGAUUCAGUGGAGUAUUGUGCCUGAGGUCUCUGAGCCAAUGGAGCCUCCAAAGGAAGACUUGACUGUGUCUGAAAAGUUCCAGCUUGUACUUGAUGUUGCACAAAAAGCACAGAACCUUUUUGGGAAGAUGGCAGAUGUUUUAGAGAAGAUCAAAAACCUGUUCAUGUGGGUGCAGCCCGAGAGCACCCAAAAACUUUACAUCUGCUUGUGGGUGGCUUUCAUCUCCUCCUGCGUCCUGCCAUACAAGCUAAUGGGCUUCAUGAUCGGUGUGUACGCAGGAAUCAAGUUCUUCAUCAUAGACUUCCUGUUUAAAAGCUGUCCAAAGCUUCGGGACAAGUACGACACACCGUACAUAGUGUGGAACAGUCUUCCCACUGACCCCCAGCUCAAGGAGAGGACCAAUGCCACCGUGUCGCGGCGGCUCUCCUGCAUUGAGAAGGUUCAGCCGGUGGUGUCCCGGAGCAGCCUGGCCACCGUCCCAUGUGGUGUGAGCAGAGAGGAGGAGACUGGUCGCUCUCACAGCACAAAGAAGGGAGCCUUCCAUGAGAUCUUCAACCUGUCAGAGUCAGAGCGCCCUCUGGCGGUGUGUGAGAACGGCUGGAGGUGCUGCCUGAUAAACAGAGACCGAAAGAUGCCCACAGACUACAUCAGGAACGGAGUGCUUUACGUCACAGAGAAUUACCUGUGUUUCGAGAGCUCCAGCUCCAGAUCCGGCUCCUCCAAGAAGAAUAAAGUAAUCAAGCUGGUGGACAUCACAGACAUCCAAAAGUACAAAGUGUUGUCGGUCCUCCCAGGAAGCGGGAUGGGAAUCUCUAUAGCAACUCCUUCCACGCAGAAGCCACUGGUGUUUGGUGCCAUGAUCCACAGAGACGAAGCUUUCGAGACCAUCUUCACUCAGUAUAUGAAGAUCAUGACCACGUCCAAACCACUGGCCAGUGCAGAGCUCUAGACUACCUGCUUCCCAGCUGCACACCUCCACCAUGGGGCUAAAAAAUGGAGGCAGAGUUACCUCCCUGAGUUUCACCCAAACUGGAAGAUCCUUUCAAACAUCUGCGUGCAUGAGCCGCCUCCUCCUCACGCGAUGAGCGUUGACUUCCACAGGGACUGCCGUCGCCCGGCUUCAGUCGGCGUUAACGGAGGAGUGAGGAUCGGAGUGGUUUUUAUCAAUCAGAGGGUUGAUGAGGGGCUGGUUCUCCUCUGCCACCUCACAGACCAAUUGACUAGCUGGCUUACCUGUUUGUGUUUGCAUGUGUGAGUGUGUGUGUCCAUUAUUGGCGUCAAGUUUUUCAUCCUCCAUCAGUAGAGUGCCGUCUCCUGUGGUCGGAGGACUUGACAAAUCUUUAAGCCUGGAUGUAAAAUCAUUAACUAGCAGAUAAAAAUGGUUAUCUUAACUGCCAGACACGUAGAAACAAAUAUCUUUUUACGCUUUAUAAUUCACUGCAAAAAACAAACAAACAAAAAAAAAAACAAGCACUUCUAUUGAAUCAUGUUAAGCUGGUGCAUCUUGGCCAAGCCCGACAAAAACUGUCUGGAUGUAAAUGUCUGAGCGGUUCUUCUUUUUUGUCUUUAGUUUUUUUUCUUUUUAUCCAAGUGUGUGCUGUGAAAAUGUCAGAUCACCACUUGACUGACACGGAGCCUUUCUGUUAGUUUACAUCGCUGCUGUCUGUUUUAUUUUUUCCCUCCAGCAGCAUCAGAAGUCGUCACUGUUACAAUAAUGAACAGCAAAUGUUGAGCAUCUGCCUGUUAGUCUGCGUUUUAUGACAUGUAGUAAAAAACUUUGCCUUUUUGUUUUCAUUGAAAUUUAGUUUUUGUAUCAAACAGCCUUUUUUUUUUUUUUUUUUUUUUUUUUGCGAUACAUAACUGAGCUGCUGAUUACGUCCAAGACGAGAGCACAAUGCUGAUGAAGCAGCACAGUUACAGAGCACAGCCUCCAUGUUUAACCUUCACUUUGUAAAGGCACAAGCUGUCUUUUUUUUUUUUUACCUAGCACUUUACUGACAUUUAGUUUUCACUCUUUAAUAAUCAGACCUCCAGCCGGUCAGUGUUUUCAACAAUCUGGAAGCUGCUACUUAAGUUAAACUCUUCUGGUCUCCAUGAAGGACAGAUCCAGGUUAGCUCGCUGUAUUAAUACCACAUCCUAAUAAGACUUCAAAUUGAAGAUUUAGACAUUUGAGUCUCAGUAUUUAAGCGUUAGGAAAAUACAUCUAAAACUGCUCAUUUUAAACCAGAACACCCUCUCCUGAUUGGAUGAUUUAUCUUGCAUAAAAGCUCAAAUGUUCAUCCUUGUUGGUGGUUAUAUAAGAAUAAUAUUUAAUCAGGAUUAUAUGUUUGAAGUCCAUUUUUUUAAAACCCCGAAACAAGGAUUAUGUGCUACUGCUUACCUAAUUUAUUCGAUUUUUUUUCUUCCUUUUUUUUUUUUCCUUUCUGUAAAAUCACGGCAAGUUCUCUUCCAAAUCAUGUUUUUUUUUUUGUGUGUGUUUUGUUUUUUUUUUUUAAAGAUGUAGAAUAUUGUGUACAUGGAUCAAGGUCAAGACUGAACAGAAUAUUUCAACUUCACUUAAGUUUGAGAUGCUGUUCACAAGACUGAAGCUGGUCUUUGCUCUUGUGUGAAGGCUCCACAUGUAGACGUUUUAAUGCCAAACUACAUCAGACACUUUACUGUGUUUUUUGUGAGAUGAAUGCAAUCCAGGACUGGAGGUUUCUCUUCACAAUUUGUUUGUGUGAGAGACUGUAGAGUAGCUCCUCUACAUUUCUUACAGCACAACAUUUAAUUUAAUUGUAAAUCUUAAAAAACAAACAAAAAAAAAACGUCUAAAAGGGAGACCUUGACAUUUCUUUUGAGUGGUCUUUUUUUCUUCCCACUCAGCUCCAGUCUGCUUUUAACAGUCUGUAUUGUGGAAAAUUCUGAGGAUUGUUUGCUUACUGCCCUUCAGUACUGCCCUCCUACUCCAAAGUGUCAAGGCUUCUCUUAAAUACAACUCCUCUUGUCAUCAUCGUCGAUCUGAAUCAACUGGACUGGAUAUGAAGCUGGCAGAGAUGCAGCGGACCAGUUCAAGCAUUCAGAUUAUUUUUACUUUAAUCCAGUUUAAUUUUCCUUUUUGACCUUGAUUUUCAGCUGCCUUCCCAAUCAUGGACUUUUAUUUUUAACUGAGGAAUAAAUCGACAUAUAUUGAUUUGGGUGCAGGUGGAAUCUGCCUCACUGUGUUCAGAUGGCUCGCUGAGUCUCAAAGCUUUUACCUGAAGCCUUUUUUUGGAAUCUGUAAACUCUGAGGAACGGCUCAACCAGCCCGAACUCGGGUAAAGCACAGAAUGUAUCACCUUUUAAAUGCUUAACAUUAUUUUUAUUUUUCUUACUUUUGCCAAAACGUAAAAUUUUCUGUCUGCCAUGUUCUGCCUAAGCUCAUGUUUACAGAAGGCUGUAAAAAGAAGUUAUGUUGUUUUUGUUUGUUUUAAAUCCAUCCAGUUUGAAUUCCUGACUCUGGAGUUAUGAAGACUGGACUGCUGUGUCGAAUCACUGUCUGCUCUCAUUGGCUCUUACAUGACUCUCUGCUCACCACUAGGAUUAGACCACUCUUAGUGACAACAGCAGUAUUUUAAGCAUAGGAAAGCAUAAAUGAUCAUAUAUCCAGCGUUGCAGUGCUUGGUUAUCGGAGAAUCUUUAUAAAGAGCAGAGAUGGUCGUGUUUAAUGAGACGUCACUGUUUUUGACAACUUGUCCAUAAGGAGAGAAAAGCAGUUUGACUGCUGUCGAUUCAAAUCUUUACAGUCAGUUUAGUUUAAAGACUUGCUGUCAUAGUCGAAGUAGUUAAAGAUUUUUCUAAGCUGAGCUCAAUUUAUGUGGACAUGAAGCACAAUCCCAGCCAAAAGGAUGUUAAUUCAACAGUUUUUAUUAAUUAAAGAAUUUAAAAAAAUAAAAAUCACAGAGCUGACAUUGAUUGGUAAAGGAAAGUAUUAUAAAUAUUGUAGUUACAGCUAAAAAAUUGAGAGUACAAACAAAAUAGGAAGACUGUGAAAGGGAAACUCAAAGCAGUUUGUCUGAAAACAGAAAAAGGAACUACAAAAGUAAAAAUUGAAAACUAAUAUGCAGAAAUAGAAGUCGGUGUUUAAAAAUUGUCUGAAGGAAAUGUGAUUUACUUCCAAACCAAAGAUAAACCAACCCAAACACCUAACCGGGAGAAAAUGGUGAGCUAAAGAAAAUGGAUAGAGUGGAUGAAGAUGAUGAUGAACAAGGAGGUGAUUAAAUGGAACAUCUAAUGACUACCUGAGGACAAAAAAUAAAAAGAAAAUUUCUUCAGUCAUCGAUGAUUUCGGGGUUUAAGUUUGGGUAAAAGACCUGGAGAGAUAAGUCAUUACCUCUACAGUAAAUCCACAGGUGUGGUUUUUUAAAUUCUGGAUGUUUUUUUCUCAUUCCAUCCAUAAAAGUUAUUUUGAUGAUGGAAGUCAUUUGUCAGGAGGAGGAUGAUCUUUCCAAAAAUCUUAAUCAGAGAUUGAAUUUAUAGGGGAAGUUGACAGAAUUUUUCUUCACAUACACAAAACACCUCAAAGGAUAUCUUCCAGGAACGGUAAUUAUUAUAUUUGUUACUGAGGGACUGAUAACAGCUCAGUAAUGUUUGUUUAAUUACAGUAACUUGUGAACACGUCAGAGUUUUCCAACUGACCUCUGUCCGUCUGACCCCUGUCAGUCUCAUCCAGCUGUGCAAGAAAGCAAAUAAACAUUCAUAUUCCUGAAAAGAUUAAAGGUCAGAGGAUUUCCUAGUGACAAGGACAAUGUCAAAAACAGUGAUGUGUCUUUUAGAGGUUUUAAGCUGCUGAACAUGCAGUUCCUCUAACUGUGUGUGUUAAUCAGUAUCUGAAUGAUGCACUCUGAUUGCACACUUAGUAACUUUCUAAUUUUGGACAAAUUAAGAAUUAAUUGUUUCAAAGCUGCAAAACAGCUUCAGUCUGACGUAUCUGGAAUUAAAUACAAAGAGAGCAUUAAAAAAAUGUGGUCAGUUCACUGUAAAUGAAAGUGUUAGUAGGGGACACUGCAGUCAUUACAGAGUGUAAGUUGUCAGUAAUAGCAGCUAUAAUGGCCUCACUUUUUUUUUUUUUUCACAGAGGAAUUUGUAUACAAAUCAUUGAAAUGUAUUGAAAUGUACAAUGAAAAAAAAACCACUGAGUUUUUAAAAGACAGGUCUAUUGUAAAAGAUAAUGUGAUGUACAUUUUUUAAUUUAAGUAAAUGAAUUGAAGUUAA